AGGAAGUCUAGGAGGUAGGCAGCAGAGAAUAUUGGUUUGGAGAGGACUGACAGACGGACAGACAGCUUUGCCUGGCUCCAGCUCUCCUGUAGCCACUUAGAGGUCAUGAACCAGACCAGAGACUUUCAGGGGGGCAAGGAAUUUGGACUGCUGAAAGCUCAGCAGGAGGAGAGAUUGGAUAGAAUCAACCAGGAAUUCCUGGAUGACCCCAAAUAUAGCAAUGAUGAGGAUCUACCCCCAAAACUGGAAGCCUUUAAGAAGAAAUAUAUGGAGUUUGACCUGAAUGGAGAUGGCAAUAUUGAUACAAUGUCCCUGAAGAGAAUGCUGGAGAAACUAGGAGUCCCCAAGACUCACCUGGAGCUGAAGAAACUAAUUAGAGAGGUGGCAGGUGACUCUGGGGAGACCAUCUGUUACCCUGACUUCCUCAGAAUGAUGCUAGGAAAGAGAUCAGCCAUUCUUAAAAUAAUCCUGAUGUAUGAGGAGAAAAACAGAGAACAAGAGAAACCAAUGGCACCUCCGGCCAAGAAAGCAAUAUCUGAAUUGCCUUGAGUGGGGAAGGGUUGGUUAUCAGGUAGAUAUCUUCCCCCACUCCGACGAAGGGAAGUUGAAACUGGAAAGCAAACUGUGAAUUAAAUACAUUCCCUCUCCCUCAAAA